UACACGGCGGGGGUCCCGGGCGGAUCUCUAGACGUGCAGCACCUCAUCAUGCAGGCGGACGCCCGGCGCAGACAGCGCAGCAACGACAACUACUUCGAGGACGUGCCGCGAUCCAAGCUGGAGCGACAGAUGGCCCAAGUCAGCAUGGCAGGCGAGUGGUGCGAGCCAAUCACGUUGCGUCCACCCAACGAGGCCACCUCGUCCACGCCGGUUCAGUACUGGCAGCAUCAUCCCGAGAAGCUCAUCUUCCAGUCCUGCGACUACGAAGCCUACUACCUGGGUUCCAUGCUGGUGAAGGAGCUGAGAGGGACGGAGUCAACACAAGAUGCUUGUGCCAAAAUGAGGAAGUCGACAGAACAGAUGAAGAAAGUGCCGACCAUCGUCCUCUCCGUGUCCUACAAAGGAGUGAAGUUCAUCGACGCCACGAAUAAGAAUAUCAUCGCAGAGCACGAGAUUCGUAACAUCUCGUGUGCAGCUCAGGAUCCAGAGGAUCUGUCCACGUUCGCCUACAUUACCAAAGACCUCAAGUCCAGUCACCACUACUGCCACGUCUUCACUGCUUUUGAUGUGAACCUGGCGUAUGAGAUCAUCCUGACGCUCGGCCAGGCCUUCGAGGUGGCCUACCAGCUGGCUCUGCAGGCCAGGAAGAGCGGCCACGGGUCGUCCACGCUGCCCGAGAGCUUCGACAGCAAGCCCAACAAACCUGUCCCCAAGCCCCGCGUCAACAUCCGCAAAUCUAUGGAGCAGCCGUCCAUGGACCAAAAGGGCCACGCCAACGUGCCGUGGAUUGUGGAGCCGGGUCAGGAGGCCAAGAGAGGAGUCAACACCAAGUACGAGACCACUAUUUUCUAACAUACACCCGCCUUGUCCACUCCUGUGUGUGUGUGCCUUUCAGAGGUUGCCCUGUACCGGGGCCCCGCCCCGGAGUCGGGCUCGAGCGAAACACGCCGCCGUGUCACCUCACCAGCUGAAAAAUAAAAAACAAAACAUCCCGCCCCGAGCCUGUCCACUGCAUGAUGACGUUUGCCGCUGCACUGUCUCUCUCUCUUUUCCUUGUCUCUUUCCUUUUGCUCUCCCCCCUUUUUGGCCCAAUCCUCCCGCCUGCAGGGCUGGUGCAUGACCUUUGAACCCAGAGUGUGGUGCACUUCUGUCUCCACCUGUAGGGAGGGAAUGGUCAGCUCCAUUUUUCCACUUCCUGUAUGCCGGUCAGUCAGCGGUCAACCAGUUGGUUGUUCUGCUUUUUGUUUUGCCUCCUCUCGAUGGGUGUAACCGUUUGGACUCGUCUCUCUCCUCCUCCUUCCUCCAUCCCUCGCUUUUAUUUACUUUUCAGCCCCUUCGACAAACCUGAAAGAGAUAAACCAGAAAACUGCUAAGAGCCAUAACAGUGUUUUAGCUGUGUUGAGCCGAGUGAGGGCGCUGACAGUGUUGAGGGAUGUUGUCUGAACACGACAACUGGAGGAAGCUUCUGGCUUUUUAAACUCUUUUUUUUAAAAUCAAAAAGGAGAGGUGAUGUAGCACAGUCUAACUUUGGCUUAAACUGGUUCAUCCAGCAGGCUACCAGAAUGUAUUUCAACUUUUUGAUUCUUUUUUUUUAAAUAUAAACAAACAUGUUGAUUCAAACAGCUUUAAACUUGACCUGUGCCACAGGAAGAUGUCGGUGAUUUUACCUUUUUUUAGCAUCUUUUUUCAGAACGUGUGUAAAUAUGUUCAGAAUCAUUUUAACCAUGCGUUUUGUUUUUCUCCCUGGCCAUUAACCUAAUUUUAAUUUGGGGAACAAAAUCUUGUCUAUAAAAGGUUUAGCAUGUGGCUUGUAGGACGCAUGGUGGCCAUUUUGGAUUUGCUGAGCAGGGGGGCCGGUGGAGAGGCGGGGUGUGAGGGCUCUCUCGAUAAGUGAUGUCAUCUCAUUUGCAGGGCAAUGCCGGAAGCUCAUGUCUAUUACUGUGGAAUACAAAGAAUGUAGCCAGCCCUAAACACGGACCUUGUCACACUUACAAUGCAAAAAGGACUACAAAGGACUACAAACAUGGACGCCACCCCAGUGUUUAAGGUUGACUACAAAAUAUUUCACAUCAUUCUUUCACACAAUGCUUGACACAGUAAACUUUGGACCAAUACACACACACACACCAACUGCAUCUCCACAGACCACGGUCUGCUCUGAAUGUACACUUAUCUGAAGCAGCCUCAACUUUCUGCAACUACAGCAGGAUCUGUUUUAUGCAGCCAGCUGGGAGGCAUGACCUUUGAACUUUGGGGGUGAGGGGGGGGAUUAGAGGUCAUCUGUCGGACACAGACACUGGCCUGGCUAAAGGCACCACUGGGCAUGUGUCAAUGUUGGAAUGGGAGAUGUGUUCGAGGACGUCGGGCUGGCUUUUUUUGGUCUUUUUAUUUUAAAGUCAGAAAAAUAAUAGAGAUAUAUGCACAAGCGUGUCAAUGUGAUUGGACUAGCUGCCGCACGCUUCAACCGCAACUGGUGUGUCAUCGCAGCGGAGGAUGAAACUAUGUGAACAAAAACUGCAUCUGAUGUUUAAAAAAAGUAUUCUAUUCGUAUUGCCCGACAUUUUAAUGUUUAAUAUGAGAGUAUUAUAUUACCAUGAUGAUUAUGAUUAUUCUUGUGCAAUUCUUGUCUACUGUUGUCUUAAUGUUACAUUAUUUUUCUAUGAUAUGCUGAGAUGAAAACGUUGAGCUUUGAGAAUGAUGGCCAUCCUUUAAAAAACAAUGUACUUGUACACAGAGAGUGAAUGUUGCAGGUGGCUCGCUAGCUCUGGUCAGGUCAACCCUCCAUCAUUUCUCAUGGGGCUCUACUCUUAUCUAGCAGAUGUACUAUUUUAAACGCAGUAUUACUGUAUCAUUUGGAUGAGACAUUGUCCAAUUAUAAAAUGUACAUAGAUAUUUUGCCAACUCAUUGUUCAUACGUGUAAUGUAAAAGAGAAAAGAAUAAAGGACUUGCAGUACACGGCACUGGAAACAAGGUACCAGAAUAAAGGUUGGAAGUUUAAAAAAAGAACGUGUUGGACUGUAGAGAUUGUAUUUUGAGUGAAAACUGAAAUGGGUAAUCUGGUGACAUCACUGCUGACCAACUAAUGUAAAUAGGCUUGGGCUUCCAGCACACUGAUUUUUGUAAUUUGGGCCAUUAUUUAUAUCCUUGUAAAGCACAUGAAAUAAAAUACAACUUGUACAACCAUAA